AUCCUCCUCCUCCGAGAUGCUUCCCCCGCCUGACGGGCCCCGGUUCUCUGUGAGCGGCCGGACUCUCGGUCAUGGAGGCAGAAACCCCGGAACGGCGACAUGUUCCCCGCAGCGCAGAGCGACCAGAAGAGGCUGAAGGUCGGCUUCGUGGGUCUGGAGGCCGGAGGCAGCGAGUCCAGAGACGGAGCCCUGCUCAUAUCAGGUGCAGAGGACGGACCUCGGCGGCAACGCAGCGUCUCCGGGGGAAAGAAACCUCCGAAACGAAAUGCUCUCUACAGACGACUGCAGAACUUCCUGUACAACGUCCUGGAGAGGCCUCGAGGAUGGGCCUUCAUCUACCACGCCUACGUGUUCCUGCUGGUGUUCUCCUGUCUGGUUCUGUCUGUGUUCUCCACCAUCAAAGAGUACGAGAAGAGUUCAGAGGACGCUCUCUACAUCCUGGAGGUGGUGACCAUCGUGGUGUUCGGGGUGGAGUACAUGGUGAGGAUCUGGGCUGCAGGCUGCUGCUGUCGGUUCAGAGGAUGGAGAGGACGACUCAAGUUCGCCAGGAAACCCUUUUGUGUCAUCGACGUGAUGGUGUUGAUAGCGUCCAUCUCCGUCCUGGCGGCGGGGACGCAGGGGAACGUCUUCGCCACGUCAGCCAUUCGUUCUCUUCGGUUCCUUCAGAUCCUGAGGAUGAUCCGUAUGGACCGACGAGGAGGAACCUGGAAACUGCUCGGAUCAGUGGUGUACGCCCACAGCAAGGAGCUGAUCACAGCCUGGUACAUCGGCUUCCUGUGUCUCAUUCUGGCCAGUUUCCUCGUUUAUUUGGCAGAAAAAGAAGAUAACGAACAGUUUGAGACGUAUGCCGACGCCCUCUGGUGGGGACUGAUCACACUGACCACCAUCGGUUAUGGAGAUAAGUUCCCCAUCACCUGGAAUGGACGUCUCCUGGCUGCGACCUUCACUCUGAUCGGAGUCUCUUUCUUUGCUCUGCCCGCUGGGAUCCUGGGUUCUGGUUUUGCUCUGAAGGUCCAGGAGCAGCACCGACAGAAGCACUUUGAGAAGAGACGCAACCCAGCAGCCGGACUCAUCCAGGCGGCGUGGAGAGUCUACGCCACGAAUCUGAGCCGAACUGAUCUGUCUUCCACCUGGGACUAUUACGAGAGGACGGUGUCUGUCCCCAUGUACAGGUUGAUUCCUCCUCUCAAUCAGUUGGAUUUACUGAGGAACCUCAAGAACAAAUCAGGACUCUCAUUCAGGAAGGACGUCCAGCCUGAACCAUCUCCCAGUCAGAAGGUCAGUCUGAAGGAGAGGGUCUUCUCGUCCCCCCGCAGCUCAGGAACCAAAGGGAAAGGUUCCCCCCAGCAUGUGGUUCCUACAGCCGGCCCCGGUGUUGCUCCUGGUGUGGGUCCUAGUCCUGGUGGGGGUCCUGGAGUUCCUGGAGGUCCUGGUGGUCCAGGGGGGAUCCAGGCCCUGCGACGGUCCCCCAGCAUGGAGCCUUGUCUGGAGGAGAGUCCCAGCAAGGUUCCAAAGAGCUGGAGCUUCGGAGAACGCAGCAGAACCCGCCAGGCCUUCAGGAUCCGAGGAGCGGCUUCACGCCAAAACUCUGAAGUGCUCAUUGAGAUGCAGGAUGAAGAGUUCAGACGGAAGAGCUCCCCAGACGCCAGCCUGCCAGGAGAAGACAUGGCUGACGACAACAAGAGCUGCCACUGUGAGUUUGUGCCCCAGGACCUGACCCGGGGGUUAAAGGUCGCCAUCAGAGGCAUCUGGGUCAAAGGUCACCACCAGCUGCUGGGUAAGAACGAGUAUUUCUAUGAACUAAAGUACAGUUCAUGUUCUGGGUCCUCUCCGUGCUGGACGUUCACCCAAGUCCAUUUGUUGAGGACUCUGUAGGUCUAUGAGGUGAAUGUAGUCUACAGAGACCAGUUCAGACCUGCUGGACCGCCAGCAGGGGUCCUCGUGGCCACAGCUGACUUCCUGUUUCCUCUGUCGCAGCAUCAUGCGUUUCAUGGUGUCGAAGAGGAAGUUUAAGGAGAGUC